AUGCCAAAAGGAUGUGUGUAUUGUUAAGAUGAUAUAAUGCUAUGCGACUUUUGGAUUCAUGUUAAAUCAUUUUGGUAAACUCCAAGUGAGUUUGAUGGAUGGAAAAUAGAUGAUACAAAAACACUCUCUCCAAGUGUAUGCGCUGGUCUUAAUAUUGCUGGAGGAUACCCUAACUUAAAAGUAAAUUAAACAAUUGAAAAUACUAUCUUUAAUUUAUCUUCCCAUUUUAAUGUUUAAGGAGAAUUCAAACUUUGGUUGUUUGGCAUUUGGA